GAAGAAGAGGAGGAGGUGGAUAAGUACGAGAUUUGAAGCUGUCGAAACACCUGUCAAGUACCUAGCCUGUCUUUGUUCCUAUAAAUGCACCCCACAAAGCACUUGGUCCUCAUCAAAUAAGUUACUCCCUUUCCCUUACUCCCUUCUUUUGUCCAAAAUGGCUAGAUUUAGGUUCACCGUUAAUGAGAAGAGAAGCACGGGAGCUUCUCAACAACAGGAGCAAGAGCAGCAGCAAAAGGAGGGACAUCAGCGGCAGCAGCAAGCACACAGCGAAUCUGACAACAAUACGUGUUUGAGACGCCCUAUGCUUCCUCCUGUUCUUGCCUUGCCUGCAUUUGAAGACAGUAACAGCGAAGAUAAUGGAGAAGAAUUGCAAGAGGAAAGGAACCGACUCAUUCAACGAUAUUCUGGCGGGGAGCUACAAUUCCUCAUUGACUGGUUAAUUCUCUAUUUAAUUCUCGAUCCAUAG